AUGCCCUCCACCGAAUCCCUCGUCGACCUCCAUGAUGCGUCCAUCAUGGAGGACAAGGAUGAUCUCGACUCUCUCCCAUCUAUAUCCACAAGCGACAUCUACUCUGACACAUCCGACUCGGAUGCUCAAGCAGAGUGGGAGCGCAGUCUUGAGCAGCUGCAGCUCAUCCUGACCAUGCUGGUCGUCCCUUGGAUGGGCAAGUACUUUGGCCGGAAGUUUGCAUACUGGAGUUGGUCGCGAUACAUGGAGUGGGUGCACAAUGUCGACAUCCGAUGGACAAAUAAGAAGGCCUUCAAGGCGGCGGGAGUUGUUGAAACGGCGGCCACGUUAUAG